AUUUGAAUUUCAAACGGUCCAUUGCUCGAGACAACCUCCUUUUUCUUCCCUUCACUCUUUACAUUCAAGUUUUGCACCGACCAUGAUGAAGAAAAUGACGACACCACUAAACCCCAGAGGCACAUCGUUACGGCAGCGACAUGAGGGUCCCAACAAGAAAAACAAUGACGCAUAUGAUGGACUGGAACAACGAAAACUACGAAGGUUGCCUCGUUUCAGGAUGAUCUAUUUGGUGGUGAUCCUGUUCCUCGUCACAUUGGGCCUCAGUCUUUCCACCGUCAAAUCGCGACUGCGAAUGUACUACCUGGUUGGCAGUCCCAAAGACUUUUGCCACAAUUGCAAUAAAACCAUAACGUCCCUGCGAACUAGAAAUGCCACGAGACUCUGGGAACAAAUGGAACAACUGAAAGAAGCCAAAUGUCCUCUCCUCUCCACGCACAUUCGACAACCCCGUCGCGGCAGAAAGUCCUCCAAAUUAUCAAAGUCACCACCACCCAAGGCUGCCAUUUGUGCCAUUGCCAGAAAUGAAACAGCCUAUCUGGACGAGUGGUUCACAUACCAUCGAGCCGUGGCGGGGUUUUCAGAGAUUUAUCUCUUUGACAAUUCCAGACCCGAUGGAAUGGAGCUAACCAACAGUGGUCGGUAUGACAACUGCCCUGGCAUUUUCAUUGUGCCGUGGCCCAUGGCGGAAGAGCCGCAGAUGGAAGCCUAUGACACGUGUGUCUACAUGAUACGAGAACGCAACAAGAAACAACAACAAUUAUUAGGUGCUACUACUGCGGAACAAGCAGUGGCAUGGACUGCCUUUAUUGAUAUUGAUGAGUUUAUUGUACUCAAGAAUGAAAGGGAAACUAUAGUGGAUGUCCUCCGGGACGUGGUUCCAUUGCCUCCACCGUUGAAUCGACUCAAGUAUAAACGACCAGCACCUGCUGCACUCUCCAUGAAUUGGGUCAUGUUUGGGACCGCCAACCAAACCAAGUACAGAGACGAACCCGUCACCAAGCGGUUCCAAUUUAAAGUCAAUGGUUAUGGAGACAAUCAUGUCAAGCAAAUCCUCUUGUUGGAUUCCAUCCGGUAUGCUGGCAAUCCUCACUUUGCCUUUUUGAAACAGCUCUUGUCACAUGAAUUCUAUACGGUCAUGUCCAAUGGAACCAAGGUCGCUAAUGAAUUUCCCUGGAUUGAUCCUGCCGCACGAAACCGUGUGGUAGUGCACCAUUACACCAUCAAAUCAGUGCAAGAAUACCAGUUCAAGGGAUGUCAUCGAGGACGUGCUGACCUACACACCAGUCAUGAAGCCCACAAGACUCACUGCAAUAAAGUUGGCUUUGUGGGUAACAUCCAUGAUGACACUGCCUGGAAGGCAUUGAUAAAAUGGGUGCCAGAGUAUGGGGAACUAUACAACAACUAACUGAUGAUGUAAUUGAACCAGACAGCCAAGCACCUCCUUGCUUGGUUUUUGACAAACAUUUGUACCACUGGUUCAAUCUCUUUGCUGUGGUACUGCAUGUGGUUCCCAACUCAUCAUAACAAAAUAAUUAGUGAACCUGC